AUGGCACAGUCGACGUCGACGCUUCUUGGUUUGAACAAAUCGAGCCUGCUGACCAUCGCCGGAAUUGCUGGUGCGGCUUUCGUCGGCUAUGCCAUCUACUUUGACCACAAGCGCCGUUCGGAUCCCGAGUACAAGCAGCGAAUUCGUGAAAAGCGACGUGCCAAGGCUCGCGGCCCGGGAGCGCGUGUUGGUGGUGGUGGAGGCGCUGGCCUCGACUCGGAGUCGGAUCUGCCCGAUCCACGCAACCCAACGCAGAUGCAAUCGUAUUUCCUGCAAGAAGUGCAACUCGGCGAGGAAUUGAUGUCAGCCGGUAACACCGAGGAGGGUGCUUUGCAUAUAGCCAACGCGAUCGUUUUGUGUGGACAAUCGCAACAAUUGCUUUCGAUCUUCCAACAGACACUCCCACCAGAGCAAUUCAACGCCGUCUUGGCUGUGCUGCCCACGGCUCGUGAGCGUUUGGCCGAUCAUUUUGGCAUAAAUGAGGAAACACUCGAAACGAAUAACGAGCAACAUACUGAUGCUCGUCUUUCGCAAGCGUACGACAGUGCCGCCGAUUUCGUUGAAGCUGCAGGUGCGGGAGGAGACGGGGCACCGAUCAUGCAAUUCAUGGGAGGCAACGACGAUACUGAUGCACCUGUGCAGAUCCGCGAGCUCAUUGACGACGAAUUGGAG